CCCUCUUUUGCUGGGGAGAGCGCAGGAGAGAAGAAACUCCUCACCUUCUCUUGUUUUCAACCACGCCUCUGUGCUCUGACUUUACUGCAGCCUCCUCAUCCCACCCCCAACACAAAAAAAGUAUUAAUCAAACAAAAAGUUGAAAAUAAUUUGGAUUACUGAAAAGUAAAGUUUUGCAGCAGAUAUUUUUUUUAAAUUCAGAUCCAACACAUCGUUCCUACCUGCGCCUUCAACAUCAUCUAGAGCGACUUUUUUUUUGUGUGCAUCUCUCAAGGCCUCAGAAUGUAUCUGGAGAACAAAAGCAACCUGGAGAUUGAAAUGUCUCAGACUACGGCCGCGGGCCAUCAGGGCAGGAGCGGCCUCAGGUCGCCGGAGGCCGUGCCGGGGAACUUUGGGGAGCUGCGUCUGCUUCAGGGGAUCUCAGAGAGAGGAGACACCCAGAAGCUGCAGCCUGCAGGACAGUGCAUCAUCCAUGCUGAGGACCUGGUUCCGGUUCGGCAAGAGAACGGUUUCAGGAACAACUUCAAUGCUGUCAACUUUCUCAGAGGAAAAGCCAAUUCAGCCAACCUUACAGAACGGUCGCCUCUGCUGCGAUUCUCCCAAGAUGACGGUAUUACGUACAUGACAGUACAUGAGCCCAGCUUCGUUGGAGUAGAGGAGCCAUGGGACAACUGCUGCAUGGACACAGAGAGACGUUAUCGCCUGGGCAGCGAGGUGGCCGGCCUGUCGCGCUCCAACUCCUCAGAAAAGUACGAGACACUGGAAAACUUGAACCGCAGCUUCAGACUCACCAGCAGUAUAAAAUGCUGCCUCAGAGUGUCCAAGGUUGUGGCUAUAUUUGCGAUUGUUGUUCUCUCCAGUCUGUUCUUCAGUAUGUACCCGGAUCGGGACAACCCCUGGAGGAUGCUGGCCGUCUCUCCGACAGACAGCUUCUCCAUGAACGUGACAGACUUUCGGGAUAACGCCUUGCUGAAGUUACAAGUGGCGGGGCCUUUUGCAGGAAGGGCUGUGGACUCCGCCUCCCAGGAGUUCAUCCUGAUCCAGGUGGAGCAGGCUGAGGAGCCGGGGCAGCGGAGGAGGAGGACUCAGCAGGUGACUCAUAACUGGACCAUUCCCCUACAUCCUGAACGGAGUGACCAGAAGGUGUCAACAAGAACCUUUGAGAUGCUCAGCAGUGACCCCAUCGUCAUCACGAUUCAGGCCUCCCUGCAGGAUAACGACGUGGUGCCUCUGUCCAUGACCCACCAAUCGCUCUACGUUACGAAGGAGACGCAGGUGGCUAUAGCGGGAAUCAUCCUGGCCGGGGUCUAUGUUCUCAUCAUCUUUGAGAUUGUGCAUCGCACUCUGGCUGCCAUGUUGGGAUCCUUAGCAGCUUUAGCCGCCCUGGCUAUCAUUGGUGACAGACCCAGCCUGGUCACUGUGGUGGAGUGGAUUGACUACGAGACGCUGGCUCUGCUGUUUGGCAUGAUGGUGCUGGUGGCCAUUUUUUCAGAGACAGGCUUCUUUGAUUAUUGUGCGGUGAAGGCCUACCAGUUAUCCAGAGGGAGGGUGUGGCCUAUGAUCAUCAUCCUGUGUCUGAUUGCUGCCAUUCUGUCUGCCUUCCUGGAUAAUGUGACCACCAUGAUGCUUUUCACUCCUGUCACCAUCAGGUUGUGUGAGGUGCUUAAUCUAGACCCCAGACAUGUCCUGAUUGCAGAAGUAAUCUUCACCAACAUCGGAGGGGCCGCCACAGCUGUCGGAGAUCCACCCAACGUGAUUAUCGUGUCCAACCAGGGCCUGCGCAGAGAAGGAAUAGACUUUGCCAGCUUCACAGGCUACAUGUUUCUUGGAAUAUGCCUCGUCCUGCUCACCUCAUUCCCUUUCCUCAGGAUGCUCUACUGGAACAAAAAACUUUACAACAAAGAGUCCAUUGAAAUAGUUGAACUGAAGCAUGAGAUCCUGGUCUGGAGGCAAACGGCUCAGCGCAUUAACCCGGCCAGCCGGGAGGAGACAGCUGUGAAAUGCCUUCUGAUGCAAAAAGUGCUCAACCUGGAAAAUCUGCUCCGCAAGAUGAUGAAAACCUUCCAGAGACAAAUUUCUCAGGAGGAUAAAAACUGGGAACAAAACAUUCAGGAGCUGCAGAAGAAGCACAGAAUAACAGACACGGUUCUGUUGGUGAAAUGUGCCUCCGUCCUUGCUGUGGUGAUCUUCAUGUUCUUUCUCAACUCCUUUGUUCCCAGCAUUCAUCUGGAGCUGGGUUGGAUCGCCAUCCUGGGGGCCCUUUGGCUCCUAGUUCUGGCCGACGUCCAGGACUUUGAGAUCAUCCUGCACCGGGUGGAGUGGGCCACUCUGCUGUUCUUCGCGGGCCUCUUUGUUUUAAUGGAGGCUUUAGCCCAGCUGCAGCUUAUCGAUUAUAUUGGAGAGCAGACUGCGCUGCUGAUAAAAGCGGUGCCAGAGGACCAGCGCCUGGCUGUGGCCAUUAUCUUGGUGUUGUGGGUCUCCGCUCUGGCUUCUUCUCUCAUCGACAACAUUCCCUUCACUGCCACCAUGAUCCCAGUUCUCAUCAACCUGAGUCAGGAUGUGGACGUCAACCUCCCGGUGAAGCCUCUCAUCUUUGCCUUGGCUAUGGGGGCCUGCCUCGGUGGAAACGGCACGUUGAUCGGGGCGUCAGCCAACGUCGUGUGUGCAGGCAUCGCCGAGCAACAUGGAUACGGUUUUUCCUUCGUGGAGUUCUUCAAGCUGGGGUUCCCCAUGAUGGUGAUGACGUGCCUGGUUGCCAUGUGCUACCUGCUGGCCACACACAUCGGCCUGGGAUGGAACAUGUGAACCGCGCCGGCCAAAGAGACGGAGUGCGUUGGCACACGUGCGUGUACGUUUACGUACGGGCGUGUAUGCGUGUGUGUAGCCACUCCUCUAGGAGUUGCAGCUCACUGUAAAUGUGAUGUGUAAGCUGACCGACCAAUCAGAUUACAAGCAGAACAUGAAGCACUGCAGCCAUGUUUUUUUUGUUUGUUUGUUUGUUUUUUUUUUUAAAGCGUGGGGGAUGUGUGGACCAUCAGAUUUACAAGAGUUUUGAACAAAAGCCGACUCUGAGAGAAGCGUUUCUUGGCUGCACUUCAUAUCUGUGUUCGUGGUGCUACGGCGUCAGAGGGAACAGCAGCUGCCGUCUGCCGUCUCUCCUUUGGAAAUCUGUUUACAAAAGACGUCAAAUGAUUUCUUCAAUCACUUAUUGUAACCCUUUAAUGAAAUAUACAACUAGAGACUGCUGAUUGAUUGUUUUGUACCAAUUGAAACAUCUGAAGAAAGGCCCAGUGAAAGGGAUUUUAUACCAGUUUAUGUCUGUAUUUCACUGUUACGAUAUACGAAAUUUUCAAAGCAAUAAUUUGUUUUUCAGAUUUCUCUGAUUGUGUCCGGUCAUUUUAAUUGUACUGAUUGGUCCCAGACUGGGUCUGUCACCCUGUCAAGCUCUGGUUGUUUUCUGUAUUUCUUGUACGGCUCAACAACACGAACGUCUUCUGUGUUCUCCAAAUAAACGUUUCAGAAGACGAAUAAUAAAUGGUGUCAUAUCUCUGGA